CGGGGUGGGCGGCGCGGGCGGCGGCAGCGUAACGGGGAGCGGGUGGCGCGCCGCCCCGAAGUCUGGGGGCGCCGCUUCCGGACCCGGGUCGCCGCCUGCGAUGUCCAAAGGCCGCUCGCGGGUUUCAUCCACAGCGGCCUCCUCCACUGCCUCCACCCUCUCCACCGCCACCACGACGACGCUCUCCACCAACGCCCCUCCCGCCAUGAACAAUGAGCGGCGCGUGGGCGUCGAGGUGGUCGCGCCCUCCAACCGGCGGGGGCCCCGUGCGCACCUCCAACACCUUCACCUCCAGCAUCAAGGGCCUCUUGCAGCAGCGCGAGGACCAUGGCGGCGGCGGCGUCCUGUCGUCCAUCCGCCGCUCCCUGCCGCAGCGCCAGCGCUCCGCCUCGUCGCACGGCGAGGGGCGGCCCGGCCAGGAGGAGGGCGCCGGCCGCCGCUCCCUGCCGCCUCUCCGCAUGGCUGGGGGCCCGUCGCCGCGCGGCCGCCGCACCGGCAUGUCGAACAAGCGGCGGCCGGCGAUCCUCGAGGAGGACAAGGAGGCGCUGAACGGCGAGGAGGCGGCCCCUCCGCCCCCGCCCGCGAGCGGCGUGGGCGGGCGCCGCCACUCGCCGCGGGCUAGGCGCGCCCACAGCGUGCAGGAGGAGCGGCAGUCGCCCGCGCGCGACCGCGUGCCCAAGCAGAACAGUGCGGAAGAGGCGGCCCUGGACGCGACGGAGCCGUCGCCGGUGCAGCCGCCGGGGGACGACGCGCGCCUCGAGGAGGACGCGUCGCUGACCAAGGACGGCGAGGAGAGAACCCGAGAGGCGGGGACGCUCACAGAAAAAGAGAAAGUGGAGUGUGAAAGAGAUGAGAAAGACAAGGACGAGCGCGAGGAAGACGAGCGCCGCCAUGUGGUCGAGGAGGAGGACGCCGAGGAGGCCGUGGACACGUCUCCCGACAGCCGCUUCCUCAAGUUCGACCACGAGAUCGGACGCGGCUCCUUCAAGACGGUCUACCGGGGCCUCGACACCGACACCGGCGUCGACGUCGCCUGGUGCGAGUUGUUGGAGCGGAAAUGGAACAAGAACGAGCGGCAGCGGUUCCGAGAGGAAGCCGAGAUGCUCAAGGGUCUUCAGCAUCCCAACAUUGUGCGCUUCUACGACUACUGGGAAGUGCACAGCCCAAAGCGGAGAUGCAUUGUCCUCGUGACGGAACUCAUGACUUCCGGGACACUCAAACAAUAUCUGCGUCGACUACGCAAAGUAAACCUGAAGGUGCUAAAGAGCUGGUGCCGGCAGAUUUUAAAAGGUCUCCAAUUCCUUCACUCUCGUUCCCCUCCUAUCAUUCACCGAGAUCUCAAGUGUGACAACAUCUUCGUCACUGGAACUACCGGAUCCGUCAAGAUAGGAGAUUUGGGGCUUGCUACUUUGAAGAACAGAUCCUGUGCCAAAUCUGUUAUUGGUACUCCGGAGUUCAUGGCACCUGAAGUGUAUGAGGAGCACUACGAUGAGAUGGUGGAUGUGUACGCCUUUGGCAUGUGCAUGAUGGAGAUGGCCACAUUGGAGUACCCCUACAAUGAAUGCUCCGGACCUGCCCAGAUCUACAAGAAAGUGACAACUGGUGUACGGCCACAAAGCUUCUUCAAGAUCGAGGAUGAAGAUGUGAAAUAUAUCAUAGAUUGGUGCACAAGAUUACACAAUGAGGAGAGACCAACUGUGAAAGAUCUUUUAAACCAUGAAUUCUUCCAAGAAGACACAGGCAUCAAGGUUGACCUGUGCAAUAAAGAAGAAGCUGUUGCCUCUGAUUCAGGAAAAGUUGUGCUUAGGUUACGAGUAGUUGAUGCAAAGAAGAGAAAAGAUAAACAUAAAGAGAAUGAAGCUAUUCAGUUUGACUUUGACAUAAAUAAUGAUAACCCAGACAAGAUUGCUGAAGGCAUGGUUAAGAUGGGGAUGAUAUUAGAGGAAGACGAGAGGUCUGUGGCCAAGAUGAUCCAGACACAAAUCCAGAACAUCACUCGGGAGCGUGAGGAGAGGCGCAAGAAGGAAAACAUGGAAAAGGAGAAACAGCAACUGGAAGAACAGCAAAUGCAAAUGCAACAGCAACAACCACAAGCACAAACACAGCAACCACAGCAGCCACAACAACAGCCACCACAGCAGCAGCCUCAGCAACAGCCACAGCAACAACCACAGCAACCACAACAACCCACACUACAACACCAGACUUCGCUCCCACAGCAGACACCCCAAGUGCAACAGACAACACAGCAACAGGCACAACCAAUACCUGUGGAGCAGCAGCAGCCACAGCAGAGUCAACAAGCACAACAGCAGGCAACACAACAGCCACAGCAGCAGAGUCAGCCACAGCAGCAACAGCAAACUCAGCAACAGACAACUCAGCAGGAUGGCCAGACGCAGAAGACGACGGAGUCAAUUAUCUCUGCAGAACAGCAACAAGGGGAUGGGGUUCGAGAAUCUGGGUAUUACACCCUCACAGCUGGAACUGAGGGACAACAGACCAUUACACAGGAUGGACAGUUUUAUGGUGGAAACUACAGAUAUGGUAGCUACCAGAGCAGUUCCUCCCAGUACCAACCUGUGAGCGCUGCCUACCAGCAGCCCCAAUACCAGCAGGCCCUCAGCACUACUGGUUCAUCUGUCUCACAGGCUUACCUGACCACCACUGCUUACCAGCCAGUGCCGCAGCAGCAGCCGCAGCAGCAGCCACAGCAGCAGCAGCAGCCACCUCAGCAACCAGCACAACAGCCACAGCAACCACCACAACAACAAACACAGCAGCAUCCACCUCCCCAAUCCACUCAACCACAGCUGGAGAGUUCUCCUUCACCACAGAUCCUUGCAGACACCUACUCACACCUCCUCAAUGACAGGCCUGGUGGCGUUGGUCUGGAGACGCAAGCCAUCUCCAACAACUCCCUCACCAGCAACAACACCUCCUCCACCAUCACCACCACCAUGUCCUCCUCCUCCAACAACACCACCAUCACAUCCUCCACUCACCCUCCAUUUGACCCCAGCGCCGCCUCCGAGUCGGAGUGCAGCGAGCACCCGGCUGAUGGCUCCUCCAGCCGCCACCACAUGGAGCGCAAGAAGAUUCGCAAGAAGAAGACGCUCGACCGCUUCCCCAAACUGACUGUCCUGAGCGUAACGGAAACCAUGGUCGAGUGUCAGCUAGAAACUAUAAAGCAGAAGACUAUCACCUUCAAGUUUGACAUAACAGAUAAUGACCCUCAAGAUGUAGCCAACAAACUGGUAAUGACUAAUCUCCUACCUGGAAACCAUGCUGAAGUUGUGAUCAAUUACAUAGAGGACAUCAUCAGACAACUUCAGGCCAACCCCAAUGUUCUCCCAGUCGUGUCCACUCCAGGGCUCGACUCCAGAAGUCAGCAUCAUUCACAGGAUGGCCACACACGCUCCCCCUCAGCCUCUCGACGCCACAGGGACGAUCCCGAAGCACGGGCUCGCUACCUGGCCAGGAAGCUGAGUCGGUCCUCCCCUAAACGGCGACGACGACACAGCUCACAUCGAGAGGAGGGAGGUGGGGACAGUGCCCCAGGAACCCCAAGCAAGCAGGUUGAAGGGAGAGAAUCGUCCCCACAAGUGCAGACAAGCCCUGUGCGGCAGCCACAGCCCACUCCGACACAGCAGGAACAACAGCAGCAACAGCAAACUCAGCAGACCCCUCAGCAGCAGCAGCAGCAGGCAGUAGUUACUCCAGCCGCAGUGUGUGCUCCACAGCAAUCAGCUACUUCGACUCAGCCUGCACCACAGCAGCCACAGGCUUUCAGAAAAUCUCGCUUCCUGGUGAGUCCUGUGGUAGAAAGCAAGCAACUACCCGGAGAUGACGUAGUUGGUGGGUCUGUAGGGUCAGUGGGUCCUUCUCAGGGCCAGCCUGCCGUGGCUCCCACUCCCUACACUGACGAGUCCCCACAGUCAGAUUCAAUUCCUGCCUCAUCUGCUGCUGCUCAGCUUCUUAACCUGCCAGCCUCCUCUGCCUCUGUUGUUACUCCCACAACACAAGACCAACAGCAGAGUGAUGGUUUGGCAGCCAGUGUCAGUGCCAGCAGCACCUCAGUUGCCCCGGCGCCCGUCUCACAGAGUGGGUCGGGUGGCCCAACACCCCCCCAUCAUUGCACACCUGAGAACACCUACAUGGCUGAGCAUCAGGCCAGACUCUCACAGCAGAAUUCUUUGGAGAAAUAUGACAGUAUAACUUCAAACAGCAAUCUGUCAGAGCUGGCACGGAAGCUGCAGCAGUUAGGUACAUCCAGUAGCUCCUGCCCGCCCCUCUCGCUGCCCCCUGCACACACUGUGCCCCCCUUCUCAGCCCCAUUGUCUGCCCCAAGCCACCCAAGCACUCCCAUUUCUCUUGCAACUCAGCCGGCCUUCAACCAGGAACUCAACAUGCAGCUGGCUGGGGUGCUGAGUUCUGGUGCAGCGCGGCACACUCGAGCCCACUGGUCGCCAUCCAUCAACUACAAAACCUGCCCUGCCUUCUUCCACGUUCUGGCACCAGAGGGUGGUGGUGGUGGUAGUGAGGGCAGCUGUAGUGGUGGCGGUGGUAGCUUGGGCGGGAUGACCAUUACCACUCCGGGCGUCCCAGUCCAGGAGGCUAAUGUUGUGACGCAGCCUCAGGGGCCGCACUACACAAACCGCACAACAGAUAUCCCCCCAACCGAGGUUAUUCACCAGGUUGCAUGUGAGGUGGAGAGUCUGGAGUGCAAGCACUCCCUCCAGCUGCCUCCAGAUCCACUCCACAUGCAUCCACACCAUGGUGGUGGAGCGGGUGGUGCCCUCACCAUUGUGGUAACUCCCCCCAUACCACAGCUGAGCCAGGGCUUGCUGCCGCAGCCUCAGGGCGUUGUCAGUAUGGGGACUGAAGAGAAAGGGCCCCUCCUAGCUGCUGCCAUCACCAGCACUGCAGUGGCAACUCCUGUUACAACAUCAGUGCUGCAGACUUCACAGAUUCCUGCAAUGCUUAUGGCUACACCAGCGCCUGGUAUUAUUGCACCAACUCCCAUGUCUGGUGAAGUCUUAUCCACUCCACCUGUUGCAGUUGAUGUUGGCUUGCCAGUUGCAGCAGAUGAGUUGCAGAACUUUCCACCUGGCUUCCAGCCCAGUUUCCAACCUGGUUUCCAACCUGGUUUUCAGCCUGGUUUCCAACCUGGCUUUCAGCCUGGAUUCCAGCCUGGUUUUCAGCCUGGCUUCCAGGCUGUCCCUCAAGGCACUCUGGAUCCAGCCAUGAUGCAGCAGAUGGCAGCACUGCCCCCAGAUAUGACCUCUGCCGCCACAGCUGUUGGGGUGUUGCCAGGAAUGGGUCUUCAAGUAGGAGAAUCAGGUCAUGUUACAGUGUGUCCAGCAUCUGGACUUCCUGUGGGUGUUUCUGCACCCAUGUGUAUGCCAACACAGGUGGGACUUGCACCUGAGGAUUCAUCUGCUAUGGCUUCUGCAAUGCCUCCUGGGGUAGGUAUGUCUGGAGCAGCUCUUGGAUUGCCCACAGAAGUGAGAUUAGUGGCUGUGCCAAACCCAGAGCAGCGCAGCAAGAUGGAUUUGAAUGCAUUGAGAGAACAACUGCAAAAACUUGUUCCAGGUGCACAUGUUACCCUCACGCAUGAGCCACAGGAAACUGUUAGUAGUGGAUCCUCUGGAAUGGAAGGGAUGAGACAAGAGUAUACACAGUCCCAGUCUCAGCCUUCAGUAGCAAUUCCUCUAACUGUUAUGGAUUCUUCAAGAGCUGAUGGCAUGCCAGGAGCACAAGCACAGGGCCUUGAAACACCAGCAGGGGUGUCUGUGGCUCCCAGUAUGAUGCUUCCACAGACGGUGAGAUUACCAACAGGUGAAACGGUCGCCUUAAUGACACCGGUCAUGAUGGAGUCAGGUGUACCACAGCCACAUGUGUACCCAGCAGUGGUACCACUCCUAGAUGGCACUCCAACCCCAGCUCAGGCCACUUUAGGGCCAGGUGGAGUUGGGGAGGCCUAUGCCUGGAGAUCAGCUGUGGCAUCUCCCGUCCCCCUCCAGGGCCAUGUGAGCCUCUCCAGGACACCAUCACUCAAAGACUCAGAGGGAGACUCCAAGUCAGACCCUGGUGACAGUAGACAGACCAGAAUUGCACGGUUUCAAGUCACAAAGGUGGUCGAGGAUGCUGUAAGAAGGGCUUCUGACACGUCGACAUGCAGCACCCCAGUCAGCUCCCCAGUUCGUCGCACUGGUCGGUUUGCCAUCACGAAAGUAGCAGAGUCGGCAGGAUCUGGCAGUGGCACUCCUGUAGGUUCAGGCCCUGGCCUUGCUGGGUCUCAAGCACACUUGCCUGCGCAUGCAGAUUCUCUGGGAGGGACACCUUCAGACCCCCCCUCUGCCGGGCCCUCAGCCCCUCCAUCCAUGACCUCCUCCUUUGUCUCUGAGGACACAUCAGCUACAACACCUGCCACACCCGCUGCUGAUGGAGAUGCCUUUAGUCAACAGCCUUCAGUAACAAAUGACUCUAGCGAGGACCACAUACCAACUCUGGGGGAUAGUCAAGGCAGUGUAGUUGUUACUAGACCCCCUGGCGAUAGCUGGCAGCCCCAGUCCCAGCCCUCACCUUCCUACCCCGACCCCCAGCAGGCAUGUGGGGCGCAGGGCAUUGCUGUCCCUCCCCACCCAACCCCUCCGCUUUCACAGGCUUCCCCUAAACCCCCCCUUUCACAGACUCCCACCAGGGAUAACCACAGCUUACCUAGACCCAAGACAAGUAGUCAUUCUGCAAAGAUACAGACAUUCAGAAAGACCAGGAGCCUGAAACUAGAUAUUCCUGAGCCUCCACCUUCCAGUAGCACAAACACACCAGACCCUUGUUUCAAAGAGGUCCCUCCAAUAUGCAUUACUCCUGCAGCUUCUAGUGAUGACCAUACUUCAUCUCAUUUGAAAGACAAACCAUCAAAUGCUGGCUGUGAGAAGAGGUCUGACAAGAAAGUAGCUCUGCCCAAGACGCCAAAUGUUGUCAAGAGCAAAUCUGGUCCGUGGAAGUUUUCAGUAAGUACAUCUUAUGAUGCAGAUACUGAGGAGCUUGCAGAAAUGGCAGUUAAUAGAGAUUCUUUUGAGUGUCGUAGAGGUUCAUCUGAAUAUGGGUAUGCAGCUGUGUACUGCAAGAGUGUUGAAGUGCAGACUGAAGGUUCAGAAGGUCAAGGAUGUCAGAGCUUAGUUUCACCAGCACAGACCUCCCCAAGUGCUACAACUUGUUCAAAACAAAAGCCUGUGAAAGGCCAGACCAACCUGAUUCCUCCACCAGUCCCUCCAAGAAAUCGACCCUUAAAACCUGCUCUGAAGAAGACAGAUAGCAUUAAUUGGCUAGAUCGCAGCAGCAGUAUCAUUGACUUGAGGAACCUAUUUGAAGAAGUCAAACAGUCAAGAGAAAUGUUGCAAAAGUCUCGAGAGUCACUAAAUCGCUCUGGGGAAAGGCAGUCACUUAGUGUUUAUAGCCCAUUAUCACGCACCAAAAGUGUAAGUAACAUGCAUCAUGUGGGCUUAUCAGCAGCACGGGAUUCAGGACUGUCUCAUUCUUCUUGGGAGCUUAGUGAGGCACGUGCUUCAACUCCUCACCUUCAUCCACUUAGAACAGUGAGCAGUGUCAGCUUUACAGAGGAUGGACAGUUUGGGAUGCAUUCACCAGGUCACUCCUUAAAACAAAGUCCAGCUGUGAGGAGAUUGACAAGGAGGAGCCAUCACCAUGGUGUACAUCAAGAAACUGUAUAUCAUACAGUGCAUACAUCAUCCCAUCCAUCGCCAACUCCACGUGUUAUUAGACCUCAGCAUACUGAAACACUGCAUGCUCCUGCAUUCCAAGAUGAUGUAUACUAUACCAUUCAAGGAGGAACAGGUGUGACACAACACUUCCAGUUGGAAGAGCAUCGACCCUGGUACAGGAUUAGACCUCGUUCAAGGACUCACUCAAAGAACUACUACCCAACAUCGAGCUCUAGCAGUGAAGAAGGAUUUGCAGAAGAUGAUUCCCUCUAUGAACCUCUUCGGGAGUCCCCAACUAUGACAUCACCAGAGGCCUACAAUCCUCAGUUUGCAUAUGAGGUUCCAUAUCCUUCCCAGCGAUCACCCAGAUUCGCUAGCCAGCUGUCUCAUUCACCUCCGCAUACUUUCCAUUACCCUCUGUCGCCCAGGAGUCCUUUGCAUUGUCAGUCACCCAAGUCUCAAGGCCAACCUGCUCAUUCACAGCACUACUUUUGCCAGAGUCCUCAGCAUUCCCCACAGUCCCCCCCUUGUCCUGUGCAGUCACCACCACACUAUCCUUCCCAGCCCUACAAUUACCCACCGACCUGCAUGACCCUUAGCUAUCCCCAAUCUCCCAGUAGCCGAGCGUGGCCCCCGUCCUCAGCCCAGCUUGACAUGGGCCACUCACACUCGUGGACCGAGGACGAAGAACUGGAAACGGUGAGGCAUGAUCUGGAAGAUUUCUCAGAAGAUGAUGACAGUUUUCAGCAGCUUCUUUACAAGCAAGAGCACGAGGAAGCUGAGCUCCGACGUCGCCACCAGCAAGAACGGGAAGCCUACAAAGUCCAGCGCCUACAACGAAGCCAGAAUAGUAGACGACCUCAGUCUCUACGCCUGGCUUCAUCCCCGGGUCCCCCCACACCAGGCACGACUCCAACGUCGCCACACUCCCAGUCAGACUCAAAGCAGUCAGAGAAAUGUGAUUUCCCAGUUGGUGCUAAUGGUGAUGCAGCCAUUGCAUCCGAUCAUUCUGUGGAUACCUCCAGUAGUGGCACAACGUCAGGAAAGAAAGGGCGUACAAUCUCAGAGGAUAUGUUAGAGUUGGUUCAGAACCUGAGCGGCCCUCGACAGGCACAGCGGCCAUCCCAAGGCAAGAUGACCCUCAACCAGAUGAUGGCCCAGCAGAAAGCCACAGCAUCAUUACAACAUCCAGGGCAGAGACAAGUUUAUCCCACAAUGGGAUAUGCUACUGCACCUUUUCAUGGCCACAUAUUCCCCACAUUUCAUACAUUCCCCUACCCGUAUCAGAAGCUGUCCGAUGGCUCAAUAGUGGCUGUGUCCCAAGUAGAUGAUGUUUCUGGAACUCCCCCUAGUACUAGUAGUACCAGCAGUAGCGGCAGUAACAUGCCAUUACAGCAACAACCCUCACAACAGCCACCUGCCACAAGUGCCUCAUGGGUACAGUGGCAACAGCAGUAGGUGUGGCCAACAUUCCAAGCUCCCUCUCAGGGACAGGAACCUGCAUCUGUGAUCCUCUAAUUUUGUACUCCCACAUAUGGAGAUGAGCUCAGCAACGGCAGUGGAAGCAACAUGGUCCUGGCAGUCCAGCAGAAGUUAACCAUAGAAUAUUUUGUGUCUCAUCCAUUGAAUGAUAUGGGUCUUACUAUUGUCCAUUUGAAGAACUUUACAAGUGAUUUACAGCUGACAAGGGGCAGCAGUGUUUCCAGUGCUAGUUGACGAGUUUCAAACUAGUCAUCAAAUAGAAGGGAUGAAAAUGGAAAUUUCUAAUGUUUGUUUGCAUCAGAAAUAAUUUGAUUUUGUACCUCAGUCAUCCAUUCUGUUCUUUUUAGAUAUGACUAGAUGUAUUGUUUACUAUAGUGAUCCUUUUUUUUUAUUAUAUUACUGUUCCAUGACGUAUGAGAACAAAUGUAUCUUUUAGGUGAAUUGAUCAAUCAUGUUGAAACACUCCUCUCUGUUCAGUGGUUGUAGAUUGAACAAGGGAUAAACAGUGUAUAUGUUGUAUUAUAUAUGUACAGUGAGAGUUGUACAGCGAUGAAAUAGUGGUGGGUCCUGUGAUGGGAACUGCACUAGAGUAUGAGGGAUACAAGGCUAGCCACAGUGAUUCACAAGAAGGCUAAGCAAAUGCUGAAUGGUCUUCCAGCUAAACACUGAAGGUUAUAAAUGCACAUAGUGUGAAAUGCCUACAGCGUGCUUAUGCCAAGUGACCAGUGACUGUGGUCAGGAAGACCUUCAAAUAACUCCACCCUGACUUUCCUCAUAAGGUGGUAUCAAUGGUUCAUUUUAAAGCAGGAGGCUUCCCUUUAGUUAGCCUGCAUGUGUAUAGCAAUGUAAAGGACUGAAGCAAAGACCAAGAUUAUUAUUGUGAUGGAAUUUGGUGCUACUGCACAUCUCAUGUGCAGUAUGUAAGUUUCUAGAGAUUUAUUCACAUGUAGAGAAAGUGUGAGGGAUUACUGCAGAAGUUCUGUUUUAUUUUACCAACAUAAUGUUGAUCCAGACUAUUGAAGGAAGGGAUAUUUUUUUUCUCUCUUUUUUUUUUUUUUUUUUAGUGUUAUUUUUUAUUAUUAAAAGAAAUAAGAUAAAUAUAUAAAGUGAACAAAAGCCAUGUAUUUUGAGAAGUAAAUUCAUCUGCUUUAUCUUCAAGAAUGGAAUGCAAAUAUCUGGCAGUUUGGUGCCAUCUAAUCUGAAAGAGUUCAAGAAAGAAGAGUGUAAAAGGAGGAUAAAUUCUUUGUUUUUCCUUCUUGAUAGAUACGAGAAGCAAGAUUGUAGUAUAGGGAGGACAGAAUGUUAUCAGAUCUUCAUAAUUGGUUGCUGAGUAAUAUUAUAGGGAAGAAGUUUUUAAGAAGUUUCUUUAUAUCAGAACUUUAAGGCAUGAAAGGGAAUUUUCAUACAUCAAAAAUUCUGAUAUGACACUAACACUGGUGAAUAAGAAUGAUGUACAUCAAAUGAAGAGACAUUUACCAGUAAAAUGUGUAUGGCCUUGUUGAUUGUAGUGAUAAACGUAAUAUUAUCAUGUAGCAUCAUCUCUGUCAACUGACAUUUAUAGGUGAAUUACCUUUAUCCUGCUUCAAUCUUUACCAGCAAUCCAUGUAUCUGUCCCCCACUGGUUUGUUGAAUACUCCAUUGCUUAUGCUAACUACCAGUUAGGUAACAGCCAUCAUUAUCAUGCCAGGAGCGCCUCACUUGCAUUUCAUGUUUCCAUUCUUACUAAGAUAAUUACUAUGCUUUUUAAGCUUUGAAAAGCAGGAGAUAGGUAGCUAACACUUCCAUGUGACUACCUGUUUUGAACCUUCCUUCCAUCUGUAUGAGCUGAUUAUUAUUUUUAUUUUUUUAUUUUUAUUUUUUUUUCCUUUUGUUUUUGUUUUUUUCUUUUUCUUUUUUUUUCUUUUCUAUUUCUUGCUCUGCAACCAUGAUGUUGAGCCAAGGUGGUGCUGAGCUUGUCCAGGUUUUAGGCACUUCUAUAACCUAUGUAGGAUUUGCUUUUCUAGAUUGCCUGUACGUAAUAUUUAUAUGUUACUCUAGAAUAUUGUAUUAUAUUUUAUAUUCAAUUUUUUUAAUGCUUGAAAUGUAAGCUACUAAAAUUCCUUCCAAUAAUAUUUGUAAGUUUGCAUUGGUUAUUGGCUAUUUUGUUUGCACUUGAGUUGCAUAGGGGACAUGGGACUCAGCACUCCCCUGCCUCGACGUAUGGUUCACCUGCAGUCUGCCAUGCAGUUGUAUGCCAAUUGAAGAGAUCUUACAAGUUUCAUGGAAGUCCACUCAUUAAUGUGCUGUAUAAAUAUAUUGUAUGAUAUUUAGAAAUGAUCAAAUAAAGUGGUGCAAAAUUUUACUGA